AUGUACACCUUUCUAGGAGGAGGAUUAUGGCUUGUUUGCAUGUUGCUGGAUGCGGCACUGCCGACCGACGGUCAGUACUGUGACUAUACGAUCGAUAUCGCUAGUGGACUGUCGUACUCGAUCUAUUCACCGUACUAUGGUGGACUCUAUCCGCCGAAUACGCAGUGCCGCUGGACAUUGACCACUACCUUGGGCUCUCGGAUUGCGCUGUCUUGCAGUGAUAUUUCACUUCCACUGACCCCUUCCUGCAGCGGUGAUAGGCUCGUUAUUUCCAAAACCGGACAAAGCAAUCUCUCUGAUGGACAAUCUUACUGCGGAUCGGGUGUACUGAACACACAAUCAUCCAUCAAUAGAAUGACGAUUGCUCUGCAAGUUCCCGCCACAACGCAAGGUGGACGAUUCUUCUGCACAGCCACGAAGAUCGACUGUCAGUGUGGCAUGCGACGUACAAGAAAAAUUGUAAAUGGUGAGGAAACGCUUGUGAACGAAUUUCCCAUGAUGGCUGCACUGGUGGAUGGAUCGAAAAGUGGCGAGGGCAUCUUUUGUGGCGCUACGAUCAUUACGAACUAUCACGCAAUAACUGCGGCCCAUUGCUACAUGGGAAGAUCGAUCGCAAACUUGGCGCUUCUUGUUGGAGAGCACGACAUUACGACCGGUUCGGAUUCACCGUACACAGCGUUGCUGCUGCUCGCGUCCAUCAAGAUCCACGAGGGAUACAGUAGCUCGUCUGCCUCAAGCAGCAACGAUAUCGCGAUCGUUCGUACACGGUCGGAGAUCCUGUUCAACACAGGCGUUGGACCUGCCUGUUUACCGAUCAAAUUUUUCGGAGCAUCAUUCGUCGGAGUUCAGCUGGAGGCAGUCGGAUGGGGCACACUCGACUAUGGAGCACCGAAAUCGAACGUUCCAAUGAAGGUCGCCCUUUCCGUCGUACAACCGACCCAGUGUUCCUCGCUCUAUAGUAACUUCUCCGCUACACAGCAACUGUGUACACUUACCCCGAACAAAGACACCUGCCAGAGUGACUCCGGUGGGCCUCUGUUCUACACCGAUGGAUACAAUAUGCGAGUCUAUCUGGUCGGUACGAUUGGGUACGGGAUCGCGUGUGCUACCGAUCGGCCUAGUGUCAGCACGAACGUCCUGUAUUACAUGCAAUGGAUAAUGAACAACACACCCGAAUGGGAUUACUGUUAUCAAUAAAAGCGACCAUACAAUCGGCUUCAUUUAACGCAAUACGAUACUUCGGGUGUUUUUUGACGAAUC